AGUCUGUGGACGUCAAUUUGCGGAAAAACAUCAACAAACUAACUUGCGUUAGAGGGGAGCCAGUUUUUCACAUUUACUAUUCGUUUUUCACGAUUUCCACUAAACCAAAAUACUUGUGCUGCCAUGUUUACGGUGGUACCUUCGAGAUUUGCUGGAUUAAAAAUCGAAGACGAUGACGAUGGGUUUCGGAAACCAAGGCAAAAAUCGAAAUCCAAUGCAACCACCAAACCCAAAGCGGCUCCAGGGAAAAGCUCAACUGCGCAGCAAACAGCUCCUCAACAGCAACCAAAAAAACCUAAACCAAAACCUCAAAAGGCUAAGCCUUCGAAUGAUACAAUGCAAGAGGAGCAGUGGUCCAAAUGGCAACAGAAGGAUACGGAGCUGGUAGAGAAGUCAUACGUGAGCGAUCUCGAACAAGCGCUUCUUCUUUCCAAGCUAGAUUUCGAGGCGAACAAAACAAAGUACAAUCAGCUGGAAAGGGAAGCGAAACAGUCGGCAGCCAAAGACAAAAAACCCAAAACGCUAUCCUUGCAAGAAUUCCAAGAUAAAGUCAGCAAGGAGUUGAAUGAAAAGCAGCUACAGAGAAAGCGCGAGCAACAGGAAGCAGAAUAUAAUAGAAACUACACCUUUUUCGAACAAAUCGAUCUCGAAACCAAACAAAUUCUCAACAAAGAGCAGAUGAAAGCUCUGUUAAAGCAAAACAAUUCAAAAUCUGCAAACAGUAAGGAAUCUCCCAAGGAAGACAACUCACCGACGGCGGAACCAUGCCUCAGCGAAUUAGAUCUGCUUAAAGUGGAAAACUUGAAUCUAAAGGAAGAAAUUGCUGUGCUCCGUGAUCGAUACAGAAAGGUGGUAGCAAUGCUUAAAAAUGGAGAAAUGAAAGAGAAAACGGAGUUGAUGAUUGAAAUCGAAAAGCUACGGAAGGUGCAAGAAGACAUGACGACGGAAAUGACCACGCUGUAUGGGCAGCUGGAGCAAGCCAAGUCGCGAACGAACCAAGAGGCCAAGGGAAAGGAAAAACCGACCAAUCGCUAAACGGCAACAGGAUUUGAGGCUAGAUGCUAGAAUAAUUAUCGAAUUAUCCAAUUAAUUAUUAAUUAACUUAAGUCAGUAUUCCAUUGCAUUUGCAUGAAGAUCUCCAAUUAAGCAUUAUGUCUGCAGCAGUAAGGACUGAAUUUAAUUUCCUUGUAAUGAAUAAUAAACUGAAUUCGUUAAAUGAAA